AUGAGUUUAUUAAAAUAUAUAAGAAACAGUUUGUAUAUUUUAUUAUUAUAUUUUUUUUGUAUAUAUUCAAGAUGCUUGUGUAAUAUAAGUCUUCAUCCAUCCUUAGCAGACUUCUUCGUAGAAACCCUUCGAGAUAAUAUUUUUAUAUCCACGAAUAAUGUGGUAAAUAAGAAAUUAACUAAUCUUGAAUGUUCUAGCGAUGAUUUCUUAGAAUGUCACAAUAUAAACAAGGAAACAAAACAUGGAAUGGAUAAAAGGAAUGAUAGAAAUAUAAAUACAUAUACAUAUAAUAACAAUAAUGAUGAAAUAGACAUACGUAAAGGAAAUACAAAUAGAUUAUAUACAAAAGAAAACGAUAAAAAAUAUAUUUAUAUGUACGAUGAAUACCAAGAUAUUAAAUACAGUUAUUUACAUACAAACCCUUUUUAUAAAAUUACAAAAAAAGAUAUAGAACAAAAAAACAAAACAAAACAAAAAAACGAGCAAGAUAUAUAUAAAAAAGAUAUAGAACAAAAAAACAAAACAGAACAAAAUGAUAAUAUAUUUUAUAAAUUAUUUUCAUCUUUUAUAAAUAUUAUCUUACCUAUUUUUAAGAGAAAAGAGAAGAAUGAAAUUACAACUAUUCAAAAUAAAUGGUAUUCAUCAUAUAUUCUUGAUUAUAAAAAAACAAAUAUUUUAUAUACUCCAGAUAAUAAUUCUUCAAAUAAUUAUUAUGUUGAGAAAAGAAAAAAUAAAAUCAAAGGAUUAUAUUUAACGGAACAUAUAGGAAAUAUAAACGACACGUCUGUAUUAACACCUUUAUCCUUGGCUAUAGAAGAAUUAAAAUUCAGUAAGAUAUUUAAACAUGUAUGGGAAGGUACAUAUACAAAUAUUGUUUUUUUAGAAAACACAGGGUCGUUGUCAAAUCACGAUAAUGAAAAAAAAAAAGAAUUUAAUAAUAUAAAUAUUAAUAAUAAUGACAGUAUUGAAGCUAUGAAGGCUCUUCGAGAAGAUCCGCAGGAGUUAUUAAAACGGGGAGCGAACAAUAUGAGAGAUAAUAAUGGACAAAUGAAAAACGAAAAUAUAAUACAAACACAUCAUACAACUUUUGAAAUCAACAAAAUGGAUGAAAAUAAAGAACAUAUGAACAAAAUGGAUCACAAAAACAAAUAUAACCAUUAUAAUACAUAUGAAUACCCUGGGACUACCCAUUCAUCACAAAAUCUUCAUAUUCAUCAAGGUGCGAAAAAAUUAAAACAUUUCUUAGACUACCAAAAAAAUUCUCUCCUGGUAAAAUAUAUUAAAAAAUCGAAUGGGCAAAAUCAAUAUUUUAAUAUUUUAAAAGUUGUAGAAAAUGAGGUGCCUUUAGAAAGCGCUAGUAAUAUUUUAGAGUCCUUAAAUAUAAAAGAAGAAAAUAAUUUUGAAGAAGUUUUCAAAAAUAACAAAAAUGUAAAUGUUGGUAUAUGUACAAGAGAUACGUUAAGAGAAAUGACAAAACCUUUUUUUUUGUUUUUUCUUAUUUUUAAUAGAAUAAUAGUAGAAAAAAAUAAAAAACUAGAUUUAAUUUUAUCUAAAAGAAAAUAUAGAACACAUGAUAAUAUAAAUAGUAAAUCUAGAAAUGUUUCAAAGUAUACAUAUGCAUGUGUUUUUCUAAAGUCGAUAGAAAAUUCAGAAGUUUCUAUAUCUCUAAGAAAUAAUAAACAUAUGAAAUGCUCUUGUAAUAAUUCGUAUAAUAAUAAAAAUAAUAAUAAUAAAAAUAAUAAUAAUAAUAUUUAUGAUGAUAUAUAUAAUAAGAAUUAUAAUAACAUAAAAGCUUCAUCUCAUAAUAAUAAAAAAGGAGAAUAUUGUAACGGUGAUAAUAAUGACUUGUGUAAUAAUAUAAAUUUCUAUAAUUCUUAUGGAAAGGAAAAUAAUUUAUGUUCAUGUUCGAAUAAUGAAGAUAACAUGAAUUAUAUAAAAGUGACUGAUGAUAAAAUAUAUAAAGAAUGGAAUGAAAACAACAAGACAUAUAGAACAAGAAGAGAUAAUAAUAUGAUGAAGAUAUUCAUGUUUUCUACAAAUAUUCUAAAUAAAGUUACUACAUGUAAAGAUUAUAGUUAUUAUAAAAAUAUUUAUAAAUUACAUGUAAAUUAUAAUGGUGUAUGUAACCACAUAAUUUUUAAAUAUAAGUAUAAUAAAAGUAAAUUUCUGGAUUUUAUAUUUAAUACAAAUAUUUGUUAUAGUAGUAGUUAUAAGAACGAUGGUAUUCAUUUCAAUAAUCCUAACUAUAAUCUAAAAGAAAACAUUAUAUUUAGUGGUAUAUGGGUUUAUGGAAUAUCCAAAAAAAAUGACUUAUAUAAUAGUUUUUUUAAUAAAAAGAAAAAAGAAAAAAAAAAAAAAAAAAAGGGUGCAAAGAGUAAUAAGAAGAAUGACAUGUAUGUUAAGGGGAGGUUAUCACCAUAUGAUAAUUCGUAUGUAAAUUAUAUAAAUGUAGAUAAUAUGGGUGGUGUAUAUAAUUUGAGUGGUGUAGAUCAUAUGAGUGGUGUAGAUAAUUUGAGUGGUGUAGAUCAUAUGAGUGGUGUAGAUAAUUUGAGAGGUGUAGAUCAUAUGAGUGGUGUAGAUAAUUUGAGUGAUGUAGAUAAUUUGAGUGAUGUAGAUAAUUUGAGUGAUGUAGAUAAUUUGAGUGAUGCUGGUGUUGAUGGUGAUAAUAUUCAUUAUAACGAUAAUAUUCUUAGCGAUGAUGAUAUAAAUUACAAUUAUAAUUUUGACAAUAUUAAUAAUAAUAGUAGUAGUGGUAGUAGUAUUAGUAGUAGUAGUAAUAUUCUUAAUGAUGAUAAUAAGGAAAAAGAAAAAAAUGAAUAUAUUGAUAAGACAUACAAAAAAAAAUACUGGAGCAGUAGUUCUAUUCCUAAUAAUUUUUAUUAUGAUAAGAAUAAAAAAGAUUUAUCCGAAAAUAUAAAAGAUGAAAAAGGGAAAAUAUUUUGGAAGGAACAAAUAUUAAAUUAUAGAAUAUCAUCCUUACAUCGAUAUAAAAGGAUGAAGAUAUUAAAUUUCAAAAGUAGAAUUAGUGAAGAGAAAAGAGCAUAUUCCUAUUUAAUUAAUAAGACAAUAAAUAAUAGUGAUGAUUUAUUAUUAUUAUCUAAAAAAGGAAUUAUUAAAUUUAAGAAUCCUAUUGUAUUAAAUGAGCUAUUAAUAGGUUUUUCUUUUAAUCCUAUAUAUGAUUAUAUUUGUAAAAAAACUAAUAAAUCUAUAAUAAGUUCAGAUAUGAAUACACUUAAUAAUAUGAGAAAUAAAAAAGAUAAUAAUUUUAGUUUUGAUGAUUAUAUGAAUAAAAUAUCAUGUGGAUAUAAUAAACCACAAUAUUUUUAUAUAUUUUUUCAUUUCUAUUUAAAUAAUACCAAAAAAUAUAAUAUUGUUUUAGAGAUACAUGUAGAUUAUUUUAAUAAAUUUAAAGAAUAUAAGGAUAUUUCUUUCCAAUAUGUUAAUGUAUUAAAUUAUUUAAGAGGAAAUAUUCAUCAUUAUAGAAUUAAUAAAAUACAUAUUGAAUAUUCUCUAUCACCUUUUAUACAUAAGAAUGAAUAUUUUGAUCAUACCAUUAUGCCUUUCUAUAUCUCGAUAAAUAGUUUAAUAGUAAAUGAAAGUCGUAAGGUUUAUAAUUACGUGCCCAUAUUUUACACACCAAAAAUUAACUUUUUACAAGUGAUCAGUAGAAAUAUAAAAAAUGAAAAAAUUGUAGAUAAUAUGAACACACAUAAACAUGGUGAGCACGUGAAUUCACAAAAUAAUCAAAGCGAUGAGAAAAAAAAUGUGUCUGAUGAAAAAAGUCAGAUGAAAAUGAACAAUCCUAGUAAAGAUCAUGAUAACAAGAAAUAUUAUGAAAAAAAAAAAAAAUUUAUCAACAAUAAUGAUAAUAAUAAUAAUAAUAAUAAUGAUAAUAAUAAUAACAAUAACAAUAACAAUAAUAACAAUAACAAUAAUAACAAUAACAAUAAUAAUAACAAUAACAAUAACAAUAACAAUAAUAAUAACAAUAACAAUAACAAUAACAAUAACAAUACCGUUGGUAAUAAUAAUGUUAAUAAUUCGAGUGGUGGUGAAGGAACUACAACAACGAUAACGACAAAUGAACAAGUUGAUAGAAAAAAUAAUAUAACCGAUGGAACGACGGAAAAACAAUUUUAUUCAAACGUAUUAAAUAAAGUAAUAACAUAUUUUUUAUCAAAAGAUGAGGGAAAAGAAAGAAAAAAAAAAGAUUUAGAAUUAAAAAAGAAAGAAGAUUAUUCUUAUUAUAUAUGGAAAGAAAAAAAGAAAAGAAAAAAUAAAAAUAAGAAUUCAUCUUAUAUUAAUAUUCAUUCCUUUUCCUUUUUUAUAUCUAUAAAUGAAACCAUUUUUUUAAAGCAUAUAAUACAAUAUAUAUGUAAUACAGAUAAAUGUACAUAUGUACAUAAUAAUACUUUAAAGAAUAAAGAAAAAAAAAAGAAUAAUAAUAAAUAUGGAAAUGAUAUAUAUGACAUAUAUAAUAACAAAGAUUUAUAUUCUGUUAAUAAUAAUAUACUUUAUAAACCAUAUAACACAAAUAUUAUUUAUCACGAUGAUGUACUAAUAAAACCAAUAGUUAAUGUGUCGAAUAAAAACAAAAGUAUAAUAAAAGAAGAAAUAAAAGAAUUAACAAAUAUAGAAAAAGAUUAUUUACAAUUUUUAAAAAAUAAUUUAUCUAAAUAUAUAAGAGAUAAUAAGAAUUAUAUUAUCGGAUAUAAUAUGACUAAUCUAUAUAAAUUUGAAUAUAUAAAAAAUAUGUAUAUAAUUCCUCCAUAUAAUAAAGGUAUAUUAAUAAACAUCGAAAAAGAACAUGAACAAAUAUAUUUAGAUAUUUAUAAUAAUCUCUCUUAUUUAAAAUAUGAAGAAAUAAAUGAAAAAUUAUAUUAUAAUACAAAAAAAGAAUUAGAUAUCAUAUAUUUAUACGCAGCAUUCUUACCAUUAGAAAGUGAUUUAUUCCACUUUAAUUAUUUAUCACAAAAUAAUUUAACAUUAAAUAAAAUAUACAAACAACAUUAUAAAAUUAUUUUUAAAAAUGUUAUACCUUUUACAAAAUAUGAUGAUUUCUAUAACAUACAUAAAAUAAAUACACAAGAACUUAUAGAUAUAAAUUCUUUGAACCUAAAAAGUAAUUCUUUUCCAACCGACCUAAUGAAUUUAAAUAUUGACGAAAACAUAUAUAAAACGAAAAUACUAGAAUUCAUACAAAACAAACUUAAAACCGCUUUACAAAUGAAUUCAGAAGAUAAAAAAAAAUAA